AUGGACAAGUUCUCUAUUAAGCAAGUAUAUAACAAGCUAAGGGGCGUAUUUGUCAAAGUGGACUGGAGGAGGCUGACGUGCAACAAUUGUGGAUGUCCAAAAUGGGUGUUCAUAUUGCAACUAGUAAUGCUGAGGAGGAUUUAUACAAAAGACAGGUUGGCCAGAUGGGGGUUGAUACAGAAUAAAGUGUGUUCUUUAUGUGAGGAGGAAGAUGAGUCCAUAGAACACUUAUUUUUUGAGUGCACAUUUUCUAAUGCACUGUGGACAACAAUGCUUAGAUGGAUGGGGCUUCAUAGAGCAGCAAUGGGCUGGCAACAAGAGGUGACCUGGGCUAUCAAUUAUGCUAAGGGUCAAAAUGCAGCUGCUGAUGCCUACAGACUGGUUCUAGGGGCAGUGUUUAUCAUUUAUGGAUUGAGAGAAACCACAGACAAUUCCAAGGGAAGAAGAGUACGAUGA